GGACCAAAAUACGGUUAAAUUCCGCGAGUUUAUUACGAAAAGUCCAUCAAACUGAUAGAAAAUAAGCUAACAGCUACUUUAAAGUAUCAUUUCGAGACCCAACGUGGUUUUGAUAUGUUUUUUUCAAAUCAGUGACUAAAAUACAGAGGUCAAAGUUGGGUGACAUGAUGGUAACCGAACUUGAUUAGUCUUUUCCAGUUGUGAAGACCGAUAUUCGUCGUCGAUUACAUUUCACUUAUCAUAUAUUAAGUAUACUUCGGAGCUCAUGGAAACUUAGAAUGGAAUUUAACGUAUCUGACACUUCCCUUGCCUUCAGCGAUGUGGUGGGACCCUCGCAUGUUAGCGGGUUAGAAUCAUUUUCAGAUUUUGAAGUCGGCAGUGAKUAUGAYAGUUUUMUUAAUGACCACGAAGMUCACGACAGUGGAGUAGAAGAAGAAUCAGUUACUCCUCAAGCUAUGGAACCCCAACAAAACGGCAACAAAGAUCCAAAGGACGAAAGUUUCUCCUUUGGAGUAAAUCGUCUGCCUUCUGGGGAUAUUCGAGAGUUUUUAAAUGCCUUGGAAAGUGCAAAAGCUCAGCUAGGAAUGGCGAUCGGCUCUCACGAAAUAGACAGUCCUUGUCAAGAUGAAAGUUCUCUUGGAAUACUUAAUUUAGACUCAACUCAAGAAACAUCAAGUUUUAACACUAACCAGUCCAGCUCAGAUGUUUUGACUUUACAAACACAUGAAAAGUCUGAAGACCUCGAAGAAAAGAGUGAGGAAAAAUUGCCAUUUGAUGGAGAAUAUAACUCACCACUUACACUGAGUCAUCUACAGGAAGAUGAAACCACAGAGACAGUAAGACUUGUGAGCAACUCAUUGGGUCAACCAAAAACAAAUCAGAACAGUUUACAGAGUGAAGCUGCCAUAUCUUCUUUUCCUCGCUCACAACUGAGCCAAAGUAAAGAUGAGCUGGCACAGUACAUGUUACAAACAACUCGUGCCAGUAGCGGCGAUGGAGGAGAGUUGAUUGACAGAGUUUCCAUGUCAUCAAGUAUCAGUUUCUUGCAGUCACAGACUUUUCCAGAAAGCCUCUUUAACAGUUAUAGAGGCUCUGGCAGUGGAACUGAUUCUGGACCAAGCGAUACCAACAAGGAUGACCAGGAAGACAAUGAUGACAACAAUGAUGAUGAUGAUMAUACUUUAAGUUUAGUGCAUGACACUGGUGACGGCAGCAAUGGAGCAUCUUCUCUCUCAGUUGGUAGACCUGGACUUGAAGGUGCUAAUUCAGAACCUGAAGAUGGGUACACUCUUAAUGGAGCAACAUCUGAUAAUGAAGGCUCAGAAUCYAUUGAGUUACGGCAGUCUGGUGAAGGAGGUGACGUGUUACCUGAUCUUCCUGGUGAUGGAGGUGGUGGUGGUGAUGGUAGCAGUGGACAUGAAAGUGAUGAUGGCCAGCCAUUAGGUUCAAGUGAUAAUGUAUCAAGUACAAGGUCUUCAUCAAGGAGUUCAGUAUCAAGUUGUAGUGACCAGUACAUGCCAGUAGUCACCCAACAUUCACAGAACAAUCCAUCAAGCAUGAUUGACAUCUCUGAAGGYCGAGGCCCACCUGUAGGACAUGCCUCAACUGAYGGCUCUCCUCCACUCAUUCCUUYCCCUCAGCAUCUUUCUGGCAAAUUCAGUAGUAACUCCAUSGAUCAGUUUGAUGUGCUGGCUACKUCUACUCCUAUGAUUAGACCUGGCAAGAACUCUUUUCAGUUUGAUAAYCAAGCAGAAGCAUCAGCAAUCAGUUCCCAUUAUUUGUUAGCAACACAAAAUAUUAGGCAAGCUAUUAGAGUAACAGAGAAUUCAUUUGCUCAGCCACAGGAAGGAAGUUUUCAUUUGUCGCAGGUGCUAGAAGCCUCUAGGAACAGAGAUGAACUUGAAAACACCUUGACRGAUGCACCAUCCCUGAACUUUGAAGCACAAGGAAUGACACCAAGGCCUCAGUUGCAGAAUCUGUCAGACUAUGACCAAGAUAAGACACUGACUGGGAAAACUCCAGGAAGAAGYGAUUUCAAGCUAAGAGAAGGAAAGACUGCAUUUUCUGUUGAUGUUGGUAAUUCUUUUGGAUUACAAGAUGGACUUAGCAAUACUGACARCUCACUGCUUUGGAAGUCAACACCAAGAGUAGAUGAAGAAGCCUUGAGGGCUACCCCUGGUAUUGUCUUUGCUGACAAUGACAGACUYUCACCUGUUGAAGAUAAGCAAGAUGGUCUGCAGGUUGCUGUCGAUGUCCAACAAAACAGCAAGCUUGAGCAGAGUUCUCAAGGACAGAAUGGUCAAGAUGAUACUUUAAAAAGAUUGCAAACACCAGGCGGCUCCGAUGAUCAAACAAUUCCAUUUUCAACUUGGUCGCAAAACWCUCAUUCAGAUUUAGCAGGGCAGGGGCAUUAUAACCCUUUUGAAGAUGAAGGAUCAUUUCAACAGUCAAUGAAUUGGAAUAAUAGCAAAGAGAAAAACUUCAUUUCUGGAGGUGAUGUUAAGGCACUUUUAGCUGCCGAUGAGAAAAGCUUUGAAAAGGARCAUCAGUUUGAUUUCCAAGUAACUCCAACUGAUGUUAUCACCGGUCAAGACUGGACUACUACAAAUCAAAGUAACUCUACAAGACGUUCUCAGGUCAUUGGUAUCAAUGAUCCUAACAAUGAAGGGGAAGUCCGUAUUUCAUUUGGUGCCUUCAUUGCUACAGCAUCAGAAGAAUUGGGAACCCUGUAUGGUAGUGACCCUAAUCGACCCAGACCACAUUUUGGUGAUGGUACCAUAACUACACCAAGCCCAAAAGCACCGUUAAGACUUGUUGAGUUAACUGAAAAUGUCUUUGAUCAAAACCCYGAAGACUUCUCRAUGUAUCAAGCAUCUCCMUUCAAACAAACAAACAUUUCACAAGAGCCUAAAACUGUCAAGAAAGCUACCAAAGGUCAUUCAAGGAAAGGCUCACUUGAAUCAGCCAAGCAAAAGGAAGAAACUGUUUCAGACACRAGGAAAAACUUUCUUGUUGAGCAACAGAAAAAACAGAGACCUGAAUCAGGAAGAGAAAGAAGAGGAAGCCAAGGCAGCACACACAGUUCUCAUAGCUCUGGAAGUAGAAGCAGUUCUCACAGUGUUGUAAGGAAGGACAAGAAAGAACAGGUUUCUAAGAGCAGAAAGGGAAGUUCUGAAAGUAUAAAAAGUACAAAACAACGAAAGCAUCAACAGAGAACACACAGGGAGCCUGAUGGAUGCUCAUCCAAGGAAAAUACUACACAACCARCUCGUAUGACACAGCAAAGCUCAUURCCUAAUGCACUGAAAGAUAAGAACACUGGGGUAGACARUAAGAGUCUCAAGUCAACAGGGAAAAAGACAUAUCACAAAGAUACAAAGUCUGCUCAGAGAGCAAAGUCUAAAGGACAGGACCAAUAUGAUGAGUCACAGCAAAGAGCUCCAUCCAUAAGACAACAAUCCCAAACCUCAAAUGAAGAUUCCUCAAGUCUUUUAACAACUGGUAGUGAAAGUAUAAGCUUUAAAAACCAGCAGGAAUUAGCAGAGUUUAUUGCCAGGGCUGUGAACGUUUCCCCUGAGCAUCUUGGUCAYCUUCUACAUACUGUAGCAGAUGUCAAGUCAAAACAGAACCAUAGCUCUAAAUCUAAUACACACACCACCCCUGAGAGGUCUGAUACUCAURGGAGAACUGAAGAGGUCACUCUAAAGGAACUUGAAACAACAUCACAAAGCCCAGAAUUUGAAAAGUUGCAUCACAUGAAACCUAUUGCAUCCAGUAGUCCUCAUGAAACAACACCUUUGUCACGAUGCGUCACAACAUUGUCUCCUAUUAGAAGCUCUAAUUCACCUUCUCAAAAUGAUACACUCUCCACAUCAAUUGAUGCUAGUGUGUUUAUUCAGGAUAGYCCUGAAAAUGUUUCUGUGAUUGAAAGCACUACUGUAUCGUCAAUAGACAAAGUUACUUCACCUCCACCAAAUCCAUUUACCAAUGCACAUAUUUAUCCMACAUUCGGCAAAACCUAUACUUUGAAAGACAAGAAGACAAGUGAAGAACCAGCAAAACCAGUCCAGAAACUURUCCUGGAUGAGAAAACAAUGUCAAAUGACUUUCAACCUGUUGGCUUGGUGUCUAUGUGUUCUGSAGGGUUAGAUACAACACUGCAAGAAUCACCUGAGAAAUACACUGAAGGAAGGCAUGACAGGUCAUAUGAUAGYACUAUGCCUACAAAACCUCCUAUAGAUGCUGUCRGCAGACACUCAUGGCCAAAGACACYCACUGAUUCACSYUWUAAACCAACUGAWACUUCACAACAAAAGUUUCCUGCAGCAGUUCCUUUACAGCAGACUGUACCAGCRCAACAUAGUGAGUAUUCCAGACCAAUAACUAUAGGAGUACCAGCUCAGAAUGUCCAGAACCAGGUAUUUCCUGGAAUAUCACCACAUUUUCCUGGACAAACUGGUACAUUUGGUUUUCAGCAAGGAUUUGGUCCUCAUUCUACUGGUCUAUUACCAAAUAGUGCACCACUUAGUGGCACAUUCCCAAUGCAGUACCAGCCUCAUUCGCAUAAUGCUCAACCAACACCACUUGGUGCACUAUUGGGACAGGUCCAUAAUAACAUGACUCAAGGACAGUAUCCUUCAAAUGUGUUCCCUCAAGAUGGAUUCUCAGCACCAACUUAUAUGGGGCAACGGACCAUAUCUGUCAAUAGCCAGCAGGCGCCUCAUAGUUAUGGAUUUUAUACUGGUAACCAACCUCCACAGUCUAAUACUGUCUCAUCGGGAUUGGGGCCUAGACUUGCUACUGCCACACAGAGAUAUCAAUGGCAAGCMCCAAGURUUCAAGUAGGGGAGCAAUUACACCCCUAUGCCACUGCCCCGCCCAUGGGACUACUUCAGCUAGGACAACCUUCUCAUGUAAGCCAAACGGGAAGAACUGAUUCCCAGAUGCCAUCUGGACCACAAUCAAGACUCGCGAAUUCAUUGACACCUGUAGUUAUCCCAGGAGAGGUGAAGCUACCACCUGUUUGCCCUGUGGGUGUGGCUACGCGUAGUGUCUUGACGCUGCAUAAUUCAAGCAGUAAAUGGAUAUAUUGCAUGGUUAAAGUUGCAUAUUGCAGUGUUAAUGGAGCACAGGUUGYCAAUUCAGUAAAUAACCCAUUCUUUGUCCCUUCCAAACUUAUCAUCAACCCUCACACUACUAUCCCAAUAGAGGUAAUAUUCAAGCCCAAUCUUGCYGGACUACACACAGCUCAGUUACACAUAACAUCGAUACCAGCUGGCUCAGAAGGWCAACAGACUCAUGARAGUUUACCRAGCUUAGUUGCACUGGAGGCAGUAGGAGAACACCCUGAUAUCGAGUCUGAAGAAGGUCCCAUAAUCGGAAGUGUUCUUCUUAAAUCUACAGUAGGCAUUGCAAGACUGCAUACUCCCAGGAGUUUAGAGGCUUUGACUCUAUCUGGUGUUGUUGGUCAACGGAUAAGCAGAGCUUUCCCUCUAAGGAAUGCAGGGAACAUCAGUCUACAAGUUGAUCUUAAAGUGUUAAUAGAUGCUGACUACUUCAUUGUUUCUCCAAAUAGAACAGUUCUGCGACCUCAACAGGAAGAAGAAAUCACAGUUCAGUUCAAACCGACCAAAGCUGACUGUGUGAUUGACAGAUCAAAGAGGUUGAGGCUGCAACUUUCAGUACAGCAUCCUGAUUUCCAGCUUCAAAACACUUUUGGUAAAGUGGAUGAGAAGUCAAUGGCAUCUAUUGUCAAUCUUGCUCCUCAGGAGGAGCUUCCUGUKCAUAUYUURUUUGCACCAAGUACACUAGGAUUAAUAUCCAGUGCUUUGUUAAUAAGAAAUAACAAAACAAAAUCCAAGGUUCCUCUUCAUGGCUGUGGUGGUUCAAGUGAACUUGUUCUUGUUGACACUAGGAAACUCAGUGAAGGAUACAUUGCCAACAUGGGGGAGGUAAAAAUCUCAUUCUCUCUUUUAACAAGCUGUCACCUCUAAACACRAGAUAACCAUUUUUCAACUUCUUCUGUUUUAUAGGUUUAUCUUGGCAAGAAAAAUGUUGUCAAAGUGACUGUUAAGAAUAYUGGAAAUAGAGCUGCAUUUGUAAAAGCAGUCUGCUACUCUGAUGUAGCUUCUCAAACUGUGUAUCCCGCAUCACAUCUGAAUAUUGCUCCAAACAAUUUUGUCCUUCCAGAAAGAACAUCAAAACAAGUGAUAGUUGUCUAUCAGCCCUUAGAGAGUGAUGCACUUAAAUGCAGAAAUGAGAUGAGCACAGUUGCAACAAUUGCUUUCUACACAGGAGAUGAAGGCAUCCGACAGCAGUAUAAAAGAUAUGUUCAAAGAAAUGACAUCCCCUACACAACAGCACAGUGCAAAGGACCUCUUACAAACAUCAACUUCUUGACAGCUUUUCAAGAUGAAGACAAGCUUAUUGAAGAUAUAGUGUACCCUCAAGUUCCCAACUGGAGUCAGUUCUUUCAGAGUUGUGUUUCUAGGGUCCUACUUAUGUUAGUUGGGUCCCCUCCCACAGUGCAAGACAAGGAUAGGUCCCUUGACUUAGAACCUAUGCCAGGCCCCUCAGAAAAUGUACCUCAGGCUACAAGUGUCCCCUCUGUGAAUGAACCUCCAAGUAUUACUAGAAAAGUUGCACCUUCAGUAACUCCAGAAGAUGUAGAAAUGAGAAAUCUUGACUCAUGGACAGUUCUUCCUGAGCAACUAGUACUGACUGCUUAUAAAACUUUAAGUGAGAAAGGAACGGGAAGAAUGCAAAUCAUUAACUUUUCUGAAAGACCUUUGUCAUUUGAAUUUAUUUGGCCUGCGCAGUACCUUACCAUAACACCAGAUAGUGGCCAGGUACCUGGAAGGAGUCAAGUCAUGGUAGUAAUGAGCCCAAGACCGACACUUCAUUCAUCAGGAAUUGAUCUUCCAUGGGGUGGCACAGUCUACAUCCAAUGUGACAACAUCCAGAGAGCAGUAAGGGUACAAAUCAGAGAAGAGGUAGUCUUGGAGAACACCCCCUAUCAACCAGGSACUGUUUCACUACAGGCAUUGGAAUCCAAAGAGGGUGGAGCCACRCCCUUCACCCCUGCUUUGCCAACUAGUCAUCUUGCUGCUCUUGUAGUCAAGAACAAGCAAAUACAAUUUGAAGAUACUUCGUCUGGCAAAGAAUCUGUCAUGGAAUUAAUAAUGGAGAAYACUAGUCAUUCUGGGGUUAUGUGGGAUUUAUCAUCAGUUGCACCAGCAUAUAUCAAGGCUUCAGAAAACUCAGGGGAUUUGUACAGGGCAACUUACACAGCAUUUAGCUUCCAUAAACGGUCUGGUGUUGCUGCAGGCAAGGCAAUCAUUAGGAUUCCUGUACAUUUUCAACCAAGAGAUCCUGGUCGCUACUCACAGUUUUGGGAUUUGCAGUUCAAGCAGGAGGGAACAAGACGUGUUCACAAACAAAAAAUUGAACUUAUUGGGCAGGCAAUAACAAGGUCAUCUCAUGCAGACCAAAGAACAGCRUUUAGCCAUCAAUCAACCAAAAGACAAUCCAAAGAACCUGUAGUUGAACAAUCAAAGGAUGARCAACAAYCUUCGGCAAACUAUCAAAAUACUUUGGACAGCAAUAGCGAUAAAUCUGCCAGUAAACCUGCUGUCAAGGCUAAGGGCAUKUAUCUGACAGAGUCAAUCAUUAAUUUCCCUCAGACUGUACCUAGUCUUAGUAGCAUCAUGAAAGUCAAAAUAUGCAACGCUUCUAAUCAACAAUGUAAUGUCAAAGUGGUUACGCCCAAAGGUCCUUUUUCUGUCACUCAUCAAGAUGUCAUUCUCAAACCAAGACAUUAUGUGCGAAUACCAAUCAAAUUCACUCCAUUUGAACCAAAUACAAACUAUGAAGCUAUUGCACUGUUUACUUCAGAGACCGGAGGAACACAACAACUGACUUURCAUGGCACAAGUGGCAAUAAGCUCUCUUAAUGUCAAGCAAAUUAUGAAAGAAAAACUCUGUUUACCUCAGGGCAAAUCAGUGUUUAUGGUUAAUGGAAAUGGACAAUGUAUUUAUGGACAAUGUAUUGUGAAUAUGCAGCAUUUAAUGGAAAAGAAAUUUGAAUGGAAAUCAAAUGCAACUUGGAAAAAAUGAAGACAACAGAAAUGAAAAGAAAUUCAAAUGGACUUAGAGUACUUUAUAUGUAACUUGAUUAUGAAAGAUGGGAAUGGACUUACAAAAUUAAUGGAAAGAAAUGCAAAAUGACAAAAUGGGAAUUGUAAUGAAUGAUUUAAAAGAGAAGAGGGGUGUCUCUCCUGAGGCAUGGUUAAGACCAUGAUAACAGACAUACUCUUUGACAAUUGGACCUAUUUACAAUGCUGUAUUAGCCAAAGAUGUGACAUCAAUGAAUAUUAUAAAUUAUGAAGACAAAACUUCACAAGUUUUGCUGAAAAAAAAAUUCUAUUUAAAUAGUGUGCAUCAUUAGGAAUGACAUUGGGCAAAAAAAUGACAUUUGGCAAAAAAUGAAAUUUUGUAAUGAGUGCUUCACAGUUUCCCUCUGUAACUUAUUUGUAAUAUAGUGUAUUGAAUAWUGUAUUUAUAAGUGUAACAUAUCAAUUACAUAUUUAUUGUAUUUCUGCAGUAUUUUGUCAUAAAUGUCUUCAGGGUAGAGARUGUAAAUAAACAUCAGAAAUCACCUUGAA